UCCGUUUUCUAUUUCAGAUUUGGUUUCGAGAUGUUUUUCAUCACUUUCUUGGGAUUAUUUUUGGUAUCUUUCGUUGCUGGCGAUGAACCCAUAUUGCACUUGAUGUCGACUUGUCCAUUGACACUUGCGGAAGCACCGAACAUUGCCAUGAAGGCGGACGUGCCGGCCUACAUUCUGGCGAAGUGUGCGAAUGGGGACCGUGAAGUACCGACUAGUAAUGGUGUCGAUUUUGCACUGGCCGGCUCCUUUGACCAGAAUUAUGACGGUCCGAACUGCAGAUUCCACAAAAAGGACGGCAUCAAUACCUUUACUGUGAAGGUACACAUAGGAUGGGGAGAGGUGGACACUCACGUGAUGACGAAAUCUCAAAUUAAGACCUUGACAUGCGCAUACGAUAAAAGCGGUGAGGCCGUUGCGAAAGAAAAUCUAAUUGCACAAUGGUUUUUAAGCCCCGGGGAAAAGCAAACUCUCAAAGGAGAGGAAGAGACAACAAUACAGUUCAACUUAAGGAUGGUGGACGUUCUUAACCGUCCUGUAAACGAAGAUUCUGUGUCAAUUGGCAAAAAGGUCCGGCUCUUGGCCACCGAUAAUUUGGAUGCAUCCACUGCGUUCAGGGCAUUGAGCUGUGUUGCAAAGAACAAUGAGACGGAAUAUUCAAUUCUUCGUGCUGGGUGUGGUGACGGUUUGGUAAUCCCUCGAACUGUUGGAUUUCAGACGACAGGGGGCGCUGUGUCCAGUCCCUACUUCAGUGCCUUCCGCCUCAGCGCGGGCUUCGGGGUGCAGUUUGACUGUACAUUUACCAUCUGUGUCGGCAGCUGUGAUGGGGAUUCCUGUGUAAACCAGCUUCGCCGAAAGCGGUCAUCGUUCGGUCUCAGAGUGAAAGGCCAGACGUCAAGCAUAAAUGUCGCUCUAUGA